GAUUAAUUUCAUGAUGCGCUGUGGCGUUUUCGUGUUUAAAAACUAAAAAGUUGAUUAAACAUACACUAAUAGCUAAUUGCCGACACUUGUUUAGUAAAGAGUUCCGGUUUAUGAGUAAUUAACCUGUAUAUAUUUCAACUUUGACAAUCAUUGAGAAGGGUAAACGAAAAUGAUGCGGGGUCCUGCACCAGUGGCAGGUAAUGUGACGAACGACCCUAAUUCCAUCAAGUCACGGGUGUUUGUCGGAAAUCUAAACACCAUCGCACUGAGCAAGGAGGACGUUGUGCGAAUAUUCUCUCAGUAUGGUGUUGUGACGGGCGUGUCAAUGCACAAGGGUUAUGCAUUUGUGCAGUUUGCACUAGAAGCUGAAGCUAGAGUCGCUGUGGGGUCGGAAGAUGGGAGUCAGUAUGCAGGACAGGUGGUUGAUGUAAACAUGGCAGCAGAACCCAAAAACAAAGGCAGGCCCCUAAAACGGACAGCACCAAUGCCACCACCCAAUAACAGCAGGCGUAUUGGCCCACCUCCUAUGAUGAUGGGUCCAGGUGGACCCGGGCCUCGGGGUCCUCCAAUGAUGAAACGACUUCGUCCAGAAACUCCCAUGAACUCAAGCAUGCAACGAACUCUUGUAACACUGGCGGGUACAACGGGAAGACCCAUCGCUCGGCCAGUUACGAAAAUCACGCCGAGACCGCCCACGCCCAAACCAGUCACACCUGUAAAGAAUAGCAGCAUUUCAGGUACUGAUAUUUUAAUAUGUGGUGUUUGCAAGAUGCAGUUUACAAGUUUACACAGCCUGGCACAACACAAGAAAAUUCCAUGUCGCUUGACAUACAGCUGUCAGUGUGUGAAAUAUCCUGUUAAAAAUACAUCAGACGAACCGACCCAGUUUUUGUGUGCAUCAUGCGAUGCUAUAUUCAGCACAGCAUGGUCUUUGUGUCAGCAUUGUCAAAAGGAGCAUGAAAUGAGCAUAUAUAAAGAUAAAGACGAAGAGUUGAAACAAGAUCUAAAAGAAGCAAAUGCUAAUGGGGACGACGGAAGCCUAAAAACCAACUGAUUUCCCCACUCCCCGUGGUUUUUAUCUUCACUAACAAGGACCAUUCUUGGGCUCAUGACCCCCAUGUGCAACUGCCAUCACAGACGGGUGUACAUGUAUGUCUGUGUAUAUACAUUGCUGUAUAUAUAUAUAUAUUAUGGGACCUAAAUUCUGUACAAUUCAGGGGAACAGGUUCAAAAUCUGUGCCAUGGCAAAGGGACGUGUUACUACAACUUACAAAUGCAGACUCAAAAGCAUUGUUGUUUCAUUUGUUGAUGAUCGGUGCCCGGGUCAUAGCUCAUCAAAACUACCCAGGUUCAUUAUUGAUUAUAGCAAAUAAAUGUGAUUCAUUUUUUUUUGGGGGGGGGGGGGGGGGGGGGAUUUCAUCUUCCUUGGGCAUUGAUUUUUAUGGUGUUGUUAUUAUUUUUUUUAAUAUGCCAAAGUGGGUGAUGUCAUUUGAUGUGAGUGUAAGAUGACUGCAAGAAUUUUCCAGUUUGGAUUCUUCCACUUGAAUGAGAUAUUUCUGAUACUCUUAUAUCUUCUUCUUUUUUGGAGGCAAAUCUGUUUUCAAAAUGUGCUGAUUAAAGCAUGUUGCCUGAAAAGACCAUUAUUGAGAUUUAAAAAAAACAAAAUCUGCCAUAUUCAAAUUUAUAUCAUAUGACACUUUGGAUACAAGAUGAUAUACAUCAAAAUAUAUUUCUUGUGAAGAUAAAUUCUCAGAAUUUCCUUGAAUAUGAUGUUCCUUGCUCUUAAGCCUAGCAGAAAUAUUAACAAUUUUGGCAAAUAUUUUUUCAAAAUGUUUAGAUUAAAGAAAUUUUUAACCAGUCAAAAUUCAGCAAAAUAAAUACUCAUUAUUACUGUAAAAUAUGUCUUUUAUUCAAGUUUCACUUGGAAAUUUGGCAGACUGCAGCUUUAAGCCACGGUAUUACAAAGUAUUAAUUGUUCCUCAAAAAAUACUUUCUGUUCAUGAUGAAACGGGUGUAGGUAAUUUUUGAGAACUGUUCAAGCAUGCCUGUCAUGGACGUGACCUCUGAAUUCAUUAGAGAGUUCUGUACAAGACUGGUGUGUGGUAAAUGAUGAUGAAUGAAUUCAUAUAAAUUAAUUGGUUCUGGGUUUCAUAUUAUUAAAUGACCAUGUUUUUUUAAAGCGACGUUUUGACUUGUUACAUUGUUUCAUUUACAUUCAUUGAUAAUUUCCUGACUUGUAUGUAUGAUCAGUUUUAAAAAUGUGUACAAUAGGUCCUGAAUUAUUGAUGUCCGUAAAGGUGAAAAUAAAUUAAUUUUGAUAAAAUC